ACAAACCAAACUUAAAGAGGCUCUGUUACCCACCAGGAGAAUGGAGCAUAGAUGAUGCAGCAACAAGGUUUCAAUAUUCAGCCGAUGGAAAUUAUUGGAAGGUUGCAUUUCAAGAAGGCGUGGAUUUUAUGGCAGAUUCGUUCGAAAACUAUUUCUAUGAAAGUACACCGAAAGAAUAUCGUGAUUACGCCGCAAGAUAUGACUUAACAUUCCUUACUCCAUGCAGUCGUCAAUUGAGAUGCAAGGUAUGGGUCACAAAAAAGGAUGGUAAGGAGAAGCUAGAAGGUAUCCCAAUCCCAGUCACUGACGUCAGAAAUAUCAUGGAAGAGAUUCACUUCACCGAUGAAUCCACUCGGUUGCGAAGUCGAGGCUGGGUGGUUCUCCCGUCGCGGAGAUGUUUGCAAGCAGAUAUUUUGUUUCCCGGGUGUGAGUUUGAUUGCAGACUCAUAAUCAAUGAACAUGCAGGAAGGGCCAAACGUGUAGCUUAUAAGCCCGAAGAAGAAGUUAUACGUGUGUUAGCAAGAUAUCUAUCUGGGCUGACUUUGAAGGAUGACGACCCGUUUGGCCUGAGACUCCCCGAGAAUGAGAUGCCCCAGGGAUUUCGUUUGAUUCACAAGCGGCUUUCCAAACGAAAUGUGUACACGUCUAAACCUGGUUUCAGUGUUAUCCUGUCGAAGGAAAUAUCGUGGAGCGCUGAUGCGACAAAUGGAAGUUACAGAGAAUCGACUGAUGUACACCUACAUUGCGAAGAGUGGGACAGGCUGCUCAGUGGUGGGCUGUGGAAACCCGAGAGUUUAGUGCAACAGCUACCGGAGUUUCUCGAGUUUGUCAAGGAAGUUCAAUGCUUUGUUGUUGCUGCCUUGAAGAGUAAUGGAGUAGAAAGAAAAGUUGCAGUUCCUCCAGCGAUUCGUGCUCGAGGUCCUUUGGCUUUGGCAACCUACUUAAAUGCCCUAGCUGAAGGUCAAGCAUGUGUCAGGAGAGUGCCUUUAUUAAUAGUUGGACAGGAUCGAUCUGGAAAAACCAGCGUAAAGAAGUCCUUGAAAGGGAUUUGCUUCGACCCAGAAGAGGAUAGCACCAAGGGAAUUGACGUCGAUUGCUAUCAGUUUAAAGUAACAACCGAAAUAUGGAAGACAGGAAAAAAAGACGAGGCAAACAUUGGUACCGAGGUUAUUUCAUUUGAGCAUAAGACAGCACAGUGGGUUGCAGAGAAAUUGACCACGCGCGAAAAAGUUGCAGAAGUCAAAAGAACAAGCUCAGUCGAGUCAAAUGAAGAAAUUGCCAGCCCAGAGGAAAGCGAACCCAAUGAGAAUCCAAGCUUAGCAGACGUCUUAGAAUCAUCCAGAAAUCCAGUACCAACCAAUACCACCGACCAUGAACCUCAUUUACCAACGGGAGAAGUACGGACUCCUACUGAAUUAGAACCAGAAGUAGAUUUUCUUCCCACCUCACUGGAAAGAUUGCCGGAUUUCGACGAAGUUGCGACGGUACUUCCCCAGCUCCUUCGAGACAACUGGGAAGACGAUAGAGAAGACAUCUUUUCAAUAAUGUGGGACUUUGCUGGACAAUCAGUGUAUUACGUGACGCAUCCCCUCUUUCUCACAAGAAGAGCAAUCUACUUUUUGGUCUAUGACUUGAGCAGAGAUCCGAGCGAAGAAGCCAAACCGUUGUCGAAGCAGGGAGUUUAUGAAGAGAUUGAAGAUAAACAUAAUCUGAAAACGAACUUUGACUAUUUAGACUUUUGGAUGAGUUCUUUGGCUUCCCUAGUGGAACAGAGUGAUUGCCAACAAGUGGAUCCCGAAACAGGGGUGCCUUUGAAGAAAUUUCCAGCCGUCUUUCUGGUGUGCACACAUGCUGAUCAUCCCUAUAACAAUCGUGAUUCAUCUAAACUUGCCAGUAAAAUAUUUGGCGAUUUGAAAAAAAAGCCAUAUGGUGCCCAUUUGUUUGACGUGUUUUGUGUUGAUAACACUAAAUCAGGCACUGAGUCCGAAUGUAAAGAAAUCAUGCGCCUACGAGAGGCCGUACAUUUCGUUUCUAAAAAGUUACCACACGUGAACGAGGUUAUUCCGAUUAAGUGGUUGAGAUACGAAAAUGUCCUUCGCGUCCUAAAGGAAGAUGAUCACAAGUUUAUCACCCUCUCUACAGCAAAAUAUAUUGCUUCCAAAUUUUGUAACAUUAACGAAAACGAGGUACAGACACUGCUAAACUUUUUGCACGAUCUGCGAGUUUUGAUUCACUUUGACGAUUCUCCAGAAUUGAGAGAGGUAGUUUUCUUGGAUAUUCAGUGGUUGAUUGACGUAUUCAAGAGUGUAAUAACUGUCAGGUUCCAUCGCGAAGACAAAGAAUUUGCACAUCUGUGGGAAAAACUCCAGGAAGAGGGAAUACUGGAAGAAAAACUUCUCAAAAAUGUUUGGAGCUCUUUAACUCCUCGGAAAAAAACCCAUAAAACUCUUAUCGCGAUUAUGGAAAAAUUCAGCUUGAUGUGUCCUUGGCCAUCAUCAGAUGACUCGAGCAACAAACAUUUCUUGGUGCCAUCUAUGUUGCAAACGCUUCCGCCAAAUCAGAUUAGUCAUCUAGUUGACUCUUCGCAAAUCCCCUCUCUUUUUCUCAAAUUCGACACAGGUCGGGUCCCACCUGGCUUGUUUCCUCGGUUUGUGCUGGAAUUUUUGCAGUGGUGUAGAAAAGAAUUUCCCGGCGUAGAUCUCCCCAAAACUUUUAACAAUUUUGCCAGAUUUUCCAUCUUUCCGGAACAAGGCCUCUCCGUGGUUCUCCUUUGCCACUCUUCCACAAUCGAGGUCGUUGUCCUCAGUGUAAAAAGUGCCACUGAUGUGGUCGAUGUGGCCUCAAUUCGAGCUUUUCGAAACCAGCUAACCUCGAUCAUUGAUCGCAUGUGGCAAAAAUUCUUCUGGGUGAAGAACGUUGGAUGCGAAGUGAGUUUCCUUUGUCCUGUUUGUUCCCAUGGACGCGUGGUCAGCUUCUGCACACGACAUCGCAAAGAAAGUUGUGAGCAAGAGGAAUGCCUUCACUUCAUUUCAGAGUCAAAUUUAAGGGAUGAAAUGCUGGCCGUAUGUAACAAUUCAGUAACCACUGUGGAUAACAGGAUUCAGGUCGAGCAGUUUGCUCCAUGGAUUUCUCCUGGUAAGGAAAAGCAGAUGGAAACUCAUCAACGUGGAGGGGGAACUCAACUUGGGAAAGGGAUCUCAGAUGGAUGUCAGAAGAAAUCACCUGUCUUACCUGGCGAAGCUGUGACAUAUAUUCAGCCACAUCGACCAAGUAUAGGCAAUGAAAGUAACAUGUUGCCAGUUCCUUUCCCGCAAGGGAACCCAGGAUAUUGCCAAGUCCAGCCCCUCGUGGCUGAACAAUUUGAAGGAGAAUUUAACCAACUCCAAGAUGCUGUUAAUGAGAGCAAAGGGACAGUUGAUCGCGUUUCAGAAGCAACAUCCUUAUCAGCAUUGACCGUAAAGGUGCCUACGAUGUCCAGACAAUUAGAGAAAGACUGUGGGGAAAGAAAACUGAGAGUCACCCUGCUGAGUGCUGAAUGGAAACCUUCAAGCAAUGGAGAUUUGACAACCAUUAACAGAGAGCUAGCAAUACAGAUGGCUAAACAUCCCAAUGUGGAAGUCAGUGUCUUCUUACCUCAGUGUAGUGAAGAGGACAAGAAAAGUGCUGAUAGUAACUACAGUGUUAAACUAAUCGAGGCUGUUAAAAUUCCUGGUUAUGAACCAGAUGAUUGGUUAGCCUCUGUACCUGACGGUCAUGCAAUGGAUUGUGUUAUAGGGCAUGGAGUAGGUCUUGGUCGGCAAAUUCCACUUAUUAAGAAAAACAAAAAGUGCAGUCAUUGCAAAUGGAUUCAAGUUGUCCAUUCCGCCCCUGAAGAAAUUGGAAUGUACAAAAGCAUUUCUAAAGGUCAACAAAUGCAGAAAACAGAAAUAGAACUAUGUGAAAUGGCUGAUCAAGUAGUAGCCAUUGGCCCCAAGCUAACUGAAAUAUACAAGCGCCAACUCAAAAAACAGGAUGUUUUUAACCUGACCCCAAGCAUUUUCACUGAAUUUUCAGAUGUGCAGCAAGCAAGUGAUGAAAGAAAAACAUUUUGUGUCUUGGUAAUCGAGAGUGGUGAUAGUGAAGAUUUUGAUGCUAAAGGAUACGAAAUUGGUGCAAAAGCUAUUGCUAACCUACAGGAUAAAUCAUACCAACUCAAGUUUGCUACCAAACAGAGAGGAAAAGAAGAUGAAAUAGCAGAAAAGUUACUUCAGUGUGGUAUUAGUCGUAAUCAGCUAAUUGUCCGCAGCUUUGAUGGAGACAGGGAAACAUUAGCCAACUUAUUCUGUGAGGUGGAUAUUGCUAUAUUGCCAUCAAGAAGCGAGGGAUUUGGUUUGAGUGCUCUUGAGGCCAUAUCUGCUGGUCUUCCAGUACUUGUCAGUGAAAACUCAGGAAUUGCACAAGCCUUACAUGAGGUGCCCCAUGGGUCACAGUGUAUAGUGGAUUCAGAGGAUCCUGCCAAAUGGGCCAGUGCAAUAAAGGCUGUGAGUCGCAAAACCAGGAAUUUACGACUUGAAGAGGCUAAGAUUCUUUGUCAUAACUACUUCAAGGUGUACAGCUGGGAAAAGCCUUGUGGUGAUCUUGUUAAGAUGAUGUAUGAACUUGCAUUUGGUGGGUCAGGAGACACCAGAAAUAGCAAAUGUAACAUUUCAAGCUCAAGCAAUCUCUACACUGUUAGGAAGGGAAAAAGUCAGGUCUGUGAGUAGGCGUCAGACCCAGUUCCUAGUCCAGGAAUUGGGCACGGUUACAAAGAAGUGAGGUGAAGGUCUGUGAGUUACGAGCGAAGAGCGUGGAAAAAUUGGAGAGAACGGAGACUCGGCACAAUAUCAUUUCUGACAAGUUCUUUCAGAAAAAUCGUUUCCACUUCAAAGUAGAAAACCAUUUGCCGGUGGGACGGGUGUGCAAAGAAUCUACUAGACUGUGAGCUAAAGGAAGAAGAGAUAGUAACUGAUUCAACAACAAGUCUGAGCGAGUCAAGUUACGAGAAGUAAAAAGUUGAAAACUGCAAAGUUUUCAGAAGACGAAGCAAAGCUGAAACGAAGGACACGAGCAAAGUUGAAAACUGCUGAGACGGGAACCUGGAUGGAGAAUCGGGAGUUUGGUUUGGCAGGGCACCGUUUGUUGGUGGAGCGUGGUGAGUUGUGGACAAGACAAGAACACGGACGCGGGCGUAAGGUGAAACCUAACCGAACUGAACUGGAAAAAAAAACCCUACCUUUUUACCUUAAAGUGCACCUACACCCAAAAAACUUUUUUCGCUUAA